AAGAGAGAUGACGUGACGGUUAUAUCACAGAGUGCUAGAAGAACAGCGCUGUUAUUUCGUUGUUGUUCUUAGAACGUAUCUGAGCUACAAGAUGAGCGGAAGAGGCAAAACCGGCGGUAAAACUAGGGCUAAGGCCAAGACUCGUUCAUCCAGGGCCGGACUGCAGUUCCCCGUGGGUCGUGUGCACAGGCUUCUGCGUAAAGGUAAUUACGCCCAGCGCGUCGGUGCCGGCGCUCCGGUUUACUUGGCCGCCGUGCUCGAGUAUCUGACCGCUGAGAUCCUCGAGUUGGCUGGCAACGCCGCCCGUGACAACAAGAAGACCCGUAUCAUUCCACAUCACAUUCUCUCUGAUAAAUGA